UUUCUUAACGGAUCUUGAAGUGAACGCGUACGAAGAAAAAAAUUAUUGCAAAUUGAAUAAGUCGAAGAAAGUGAAAAACCUAAAAAAAGAAAGAAAAACGAAAAAUGUCGUUAAGAAAUAUGAAGACAUCGGUGCCACCAACGCCGUUGCACACUUUUUCACGUCUUUUCCGUCCUUGGGAUAACACCAGCAAUAACUUUCUGAAUGAAAGCAACAAUAGCAGGAAAGCUAAUCGCAAUGCGAGCUGUAAUGAGACGAAUAAGCCUUACUUUAAAUCCGAAUAUCAAGAGGAUUUGCCGACGUCCUCAAACUGUAAAAUUAAAACUGAACCAAAUUCUUCCUUUAGUAGUAAUGAAAGUGAUCGUGACAGUGCCUCAUUUGGAAGUUUCUCUUCUCGUACAUCUAAUAUCGAAGAGUUUACAAAUUCUGGAAAUUCUUUGGAAACUCCUACCAAAUCCCUAAAUAAUAAUAGAUCAGCUCAUCACACAACGUUGACAUUGCCGUCGGCCAAUUCUGCCGCUUACAAUGUUCCUCCAUAUUUAUAUAACAAUAUCGAACCUCAUAAUAUAGUAAGAGCGCCGCAAAUGCCACUGAUACCUAGCAUGCCUUCUCCUUCAACCAAUGAAUUUUAUUACGCUGCUGCUGCUGCUGCUGCCGCCGCCGCCGCUGCUGCUUCUGCUUCAGUUAAUAUCAUGCCUGCUGUGGGCGCUACCCCUCAUACUAAUCCGGCUCGGGGUUAUGGCUUGGAAUCAUAUGCCACUUUAAGUCUAAUGGAACACGAAUAUGCUCGAGUCAUGGCCGAGGACGCCCAAGUUAAGGCUGUUAAUGCACGCAAACAGCGACCGAAAAAAUUCAAGUGUCCUCAUUGCGAAGUAGCCUUCUCGAAUAAUGGACAACUCAAGGGUCAUAUACGCAUACAUACGGGCGAACGUCCUUUCAAGUGUGACGUCGAGACUUGCGGUAAAACAUUUACGCGCAACGAAGAGUUAACGCGACACAAACGCAUACAUACGGGCUUGCGUCCAUAUCCAUGCGCAACGUGUGGCAAGAAAUUCGGUAGACGCGAUCACCUCAAGAAACAUACAAAAACUCAUAUGCCCCAGGAACGUCAAAUGGCACCCACUCUUUUUCUACCCAUGUAUCCUUACCUUUACGGAUAUUGAUGAAAAUUAAUUUUUUUUAAAUCUUUUUGAAAAAAAUGAAGAAAAUAAUAAUAAAAUCUUCGGCCUGGCCUAGCUGUGUUCC